CUUGCUUGGACUCGGAGGAAGGCAACGGUUGGCGGGGCAAGGGCGGCGACGAUCGACAAGUGCCACAGUCGAGGCGGGAGCGGCAGGCGGAGGAAAUCGUGGUUGGGGCUGGCAAUGAAAAAAAAUUUGUAAUUGAGACCAACAAAGCCCGCAUCCUUCGAAUAUGGGAGCGGUGAGAGAGGUUGUACUUGAUGAAUCAGUCCUCUUCGCCGAGGACGCCGUCGGCAAUCCUUGCCUUCAUCCAGCUUCUGCGUCUCUCCUCCGUCGGCUGCGCCACUCCAAUCUCCGUGUGGGUAUUUGUUAUGAGGAGGAUGACACAUCUCAGAAGGCAUCCUUUGUUCAAGGAAUUGCUGCAACACACUCUUUGGAUUCUAUCCCAUUAAGUGGAACUGAUGAAGAUUCACUUCAGAAAUUUUUAGUAGCCUGGAAUGGCACUGGAUCGAGCUGUUUGUUCAUAACUUCCAGAAAGAUUGAGCUAUUUUUUUCAAAACUUAGGAACAUUGGUUGGAUAAUUGUUUAUGUUGGUGUUGACAGCAACGUUGCUACAGAUAGCGGAUUCAUCAACAUUAACACGGUGCAAGCUGUGCCGAUCACUAUAUGCAAUUUGAAUAAAAUGGCAAUGCAUGAAAAGCCUUUGGUAAUUGGCUAUAUUAUGAAGCCAUCCCGUGAAGAAGAUUUUUCUGAGAGAGGAGCAUUCCCUCUGUAUCCAACUCAUAAUGGAUUGCUGUUUCUUCCUCUAUCAUUUGAGCUGCCAUUAGCACGCCAAAUAAAACAAGUUGAUGUCGUCCUUCAUAAAGCAACAGAUGAAAUCAUCAGCAUUGACACUUCUUUAGAUUUUUCCAAUGGUAUUUUAUUUUCCAAAGGAAUGAAUGAGCUUAAAAGGAAUAUUGAAGAUAUACCAGAUUGUUGUGUGAUUGAUUCGCUGAACAAUAUUUACCCCUUAUUGGAUCGACAUAAAAUCCAGGAAAUUUUAUGCAAAUUGGAUGAAUUCAACAUCAAAGGUCACCGUAAACUCCGGGCACCCCAUUUUCUAAAGGUGGAUAAUUAUGACUAUACUUGCCUACAAGAUCAACUGUCUGAAGCUAAACUGUCAUUCCCAAUGAUUGUGAAACCCCAAGUUGCAUGUGGGGUAGCUGAUGCUCACAAUAUGGCUUUAAUAUUUAAAAUUGAAGAUUUUGAGAAUCUGCGUGUUCCACUUCCAGCUAUUAUUCAGGAGUAUAUAGACCAUGGAUCCUUACUUUUCAAGUUCUAUGUCUUGGGUGAGAGGGUUUUUCAUACCGUCAAGAAAUCAAUGCCAAAUGCCACUCAUCUUUUAUCUAUCUCUGCAAAAUCUGGUUCUUCCUCUAUCUUCUUUAACAGCUUGAAAUCUCUCCCAGUUGCUCAAGAGGAUAACAUUUCAGCUGGUUGUGUAGAACACAGUAACCAUUCCAUUGACUUGGACUUAGUCAGCCAUGCCGCAAAAUGUCUUAGAAAGUGGCUUGGUCUAACCAUCUUCGGAUUUGAUGUUGUUAUUGAAGAGGGCAGUAGAGACCAUGUUAUUGUGGAUCUGAACUAUCUUCCUUCUUUUAAAGAGAUCCCGGAUAGUGAUGCCAUUCCUGCUUUCUGGGAAGCAAUUAAGAGCUCAUAUGAAUACUGGAAAGCAACCAGAGCUCCAAAGCCUUGAAGCUCAUAAAGCUGUUGUGGUUUGGUCACAUUUCUUCUUGCUUACUAAAGCAUUUCCUUUCCCUGUUUGAGAAUGUCUUGUUAUACCACACUAUUUCAAUAAAAAAACCGGUGGAUUUAUUGGAAUGUGUUAAUUUUUAUC